CCCGUUCAGUCGUCUGCUUGUAUCAUCUCAAGCUCUGUAACAUAAUGGGUGAGCUGAACACAGGAAUGAUUCAAAGCUCAUUCCCCCAAGGCAUCUUCUCUGACGACGCUGAGCACGAUGUUACCGUCACCGCUUCGUUCCCGGAAUCUAACCCAUUCGGCUUGAUUGUGAAUGGAGAACAGACGGGCUUGUUCAUUCAUUUGGACAACACUGGUUCCAAGAAUUACACUCUCGUCUCUGCAGCAGCUAGUUUCCACAACGUGGAAAACAACUGGGCUUUGAUCAAGAAUGCCUCGACAUUGAGAUACAAUGUCAACUUGCUUUCGGGAUCCAACCUGACAGCUCCGUAUCAGGUUUUUAGCGAAUUCCGCCCACAGGAAAUGGGUCUCACUGUCUGGGUCAACCUCGUGGAUGCUUCAACAAAGGAAGUCUCCCGAGUGACAGCUAUGAAUCAGACCAUCUCCGUCGUCGAACAACCAGCCUCUUGGGCCGAUCCACAACUCCUUCUCCUGUUCGUCAUUCUCGGCGCCGCUCUCCUCGGAGGAGCCUAUGCCGCUUACUCUAGUUUCUUCGAUGCUGGCAGCAAGAAGAGCAAAGGAACAAAGAAGAGGACGACAGUAGUCACCGCGAAGGAGAGUGCUGUUCCCGGUCAACCUGCUGCGAAAUCGUUCGAGGAGGAUUGGAUUCCAGCUCAUCAUCUGAAAGCCAAGAGUAAGCCCAGGAGGAGAGAUGGAGGAAACACCAGUGGAGGAGAAGACUUGACAAGCGGUGGUGAAGUCACAAGUGGAGCUGAAAGUGGACCGGAAGGAAAGGUCAGGAGGAGAAAGGCCAAGAAGGCUUAGGUGGCGAUGGUCCGUGUCGCAAGUCUGUUGUCAUUGCGAGGAGAUCUGGUAAGAAUGCAUCUCCUCAGUGUCCUCCUCGGU